UGGACGGCGGAUUGUAGCGAGCAGCUUGAUGGAAGCUGUUCCCCAUCCCGAGGGAAGGGCUCGUCGUCUCACGAACACAAUCAGGAAGAGUGGGAUCACAGCAGCAGUGGGAGCACAGGAUCCCGGCCGGGAUCGGGCUCCAGGCGUGGAUCUGGAUCCAGGUCUGGCAGCCGCGGGAGAAGCAGCCAGUUCAGGCAAUCGACCAAGAAUGGCAACAAGGAGAGCUCCCUUGACAUGCUGGGCACGGACAUCUGGGCUGCCAACACCUUUGACUCCUUCAGUGGUGCGACGUGGGACUUGCAGCCUGAAAAACUAGAUUUCACCCAAUUUCACAGGAAGCUGCGAAACACCUCCAAACACCCACUGCCUCACAUAGACAGAGAAGGGCUUGGAAAAGGGAAAUACGAGGAUGGUGACGGAAUCAACUUGAAUGACAUAGAGAAAGUCCUUCCAGUUUGGCAGGGUUACCAUCCAUUGCCUCAUGAAGCUGAAAUCGCACACACCAAAAAACUAUUCAGAAGGAGAAGAAAUGACCGGAGGAGACAGCAGAGACUUCCUGGUGGGAACAAGCCUCAGCAGCACACUGAUCAUCAGCAAGGUGGCACCAAACACAACAGGGACCACCAGAAACUCUACCAAGGAGGCCAGGCUCCUCACUCCUCAGGCAGGACAGGCCACCACGGCUACAGCCAGAACCGGAGAUGGCACCACAACCAGAAGCACUCACCCAACGACAAAGAAACGCACAGAAAUGCCAAAGAGACUGAGAAUUUGAAAAUUGAGGACACCUCCGUCUGCAUGGUGCACAUUCCCGUGGAGACGCACCGAGGCCCAGAGGCUGUGGAGAAGCAGUCUCAGCAGUACAUCCAGGAGUCAGAGACCAAGCGGAAAGAUAGUAUUCAUGAGCGCAUUGGGGAAAGACCCAAGAUCAAUUUGCUUCAGUCUUCCAAAGACAGGCUGCGCAGGAGACUAAAAGAAAAGACGCCUUGUCUUUCCCUUUUCACGGACCAGGACGAAGUCACGGUGGAAACCACCAAUCCUGAAAAGAACAAAAUGGACAAAUUAAUUGAAAUACUCAACAGCAUGAGGAACAACAGCAGCGAUGUUGACUCCAAGCUCACCACCUUCAUGGAGGAAGCCCAGAACUCUACAAACUCUGAGGAGAUGCUGGGGGAGAUAGUCAAGACCAUCUACCAGAAAGCGGUGACAGACCGCAGCUUUGCUUCCACGGCAGCCAAGCUUUGUGACAAAAUGGCCCUCUUCAUGGUGGAAGGAACCAAAUUCCGGAGUCUGCUCCUCAACAUGUUGCAG